GGUGGUUUGCAAACACGAAGAAGAACAGGUGUUGCUGGAAGUGUCUAGUUUAUGAGCUGAUAUUUUUCUGUUUGUUUACAGUAAUUCAUUAAUAUUCUUACGGUUUUACUCGCGCAAAAGACCAUGCAAGGGGCAGUGCGAUGGGUUUUAUGGGAUAUAAAGGACACUCUCCUGAAGGUGCGUCACUCUGUGGGAGAGCAGUACUGUAAUGAGGCAAAGCGUGCUGGACUGCAGUUACCAGCCAUGCAGGUAGAAACUGCAUUCAGACAGGCUUACCGCCAACAGUCUCGUCUCUACCCUAACUAUGGCAUUGCUCAGGGCAUGAAUGGCCAGCUGUGGUGGACAGAAUUGGUAAAGAGCACCUUCUCUCAGUGUGGGGUGCAGGACCCUGCAUUGCUCAACACACUCGCCAACAAUCUUUACCAGAAUUUUUCUAAUUCAGAGAACUGGGAGGUGUUUCCAGACUCACAUUCCACCCUCAAAUCUUGCACAGCUCUGGGACUAAAGCAGGGCGUGGUAUCCAAUUUUGACAGGCGUCUAGAAGGAAUCCUUAUAGGAUGUGGCCUCCGAACCCAUUUCUCAUUUCUGAUGACUUCAGAAGAGGCUGCUGUGGCCAAACCAGACCCGGGCAUAUUUGCCCAAGCCCUGAAAAAGUCUGGGGUGCCAGCCAAACACGUAGUUCAUGUUGGUGACCACUACAUAAAUGACUACCUCGCCUCUCGCUCAUUAGGUAUUCGUGGUUAUCUGCUUGAUAGGGAUGGACUUCAGAAACAUCUGGAUGUUCCAUUACAUCAUCGACUACAGAGCCUAGAUGAGCUACCAGCCCGAGUAUUAGAGGAUAUUGAUUAAUUAAAAUAUAGCUAAAUAAUUGCUACAAUUUCUUGAAUCAAUUAUUAAUUUAAAUUGUUUUGAAAUUAUGUUUAAUGCAAGUUGCAUAAAGAUGUCUUCGGUUUAAUUAUUCAUGUAGCUGUGCAGAAUUUUGUAUUAAGGGAACGAAUAAAUGUCUAUUCAAUAAUCAAUUGGUUAAUAAUUCCAUUUAUGCAGACCAACCAAGAGAUGAUAACCCUUUGUGGGUACCGUGUCAUGUUUCCGUGAAAUAGAAAGAAUGUAUCACAUUAUGCUAAUGUUGAUGAGAAAAUAAUCCCAUAUCCCCCACAUA